CGGAGCUUCGAAUAGGCGACUCCACGGCUUCGGCAGCGGGGAGAAGCUUGAAGCGAGAGCGGGCUUGUCGGAGAAAAAGCGGGAGUAGGUCCGCGCGCGCAUAACAGCUAAACAGUCGAGUCGUGUCUCGGUACAUCGAAGGAAGUGACGUAGGACGCGAGAGGGCAAGAAAGAAGGGCUCGGUCGGUCUUCCGAAGCCUUGGUCGUGGCCGCUGCCGGCACGUAGUAGAUUUUUCUCCUCCGCUUCUCCUCCAACAUCGCGUCCAAUGCAUCCUGCGUCGCUCGGUCUAUCCCCUCAUGCUCGCCCGCUCUCUCUCUCUCUCCGCUGAGGACUCUCCGGCAAGCGGCGGGCGGCGGCUGUGGAGUUGUUGGCACUUGUGCAAAAACAGACGCGAGCUUGCACCGCAUGACGCCGAGAUAGAAGAGCGCUGGCGCGCGUGCAGUAAAACAAAAGCCUCGUUACCCCGCCUCCCUCGUCGCGCCACUACUGUUAGAGCGGGAAAGGCUCAAAAAGAAAAUAGGUAGCGAAUCAGCGGUCUAAAUGUCACAAGAGGGCACCGGAGUCGGCGUCAGAGGGGGCAAAGCGAGCUCCCGCGAAGGCGCUUCGCAUCUGCUAUCUGACUACCGUGCGUCGUCGAGCGAGGGCAUCCUGGAGACCGGCGACAUGGAUAAGGAGGAUCACAACACGGGAUACCGCACCGAAGCCCACACGGAAACAGGCAGCAAUGGCGUCUGCACUUUCCUCCUCACAGCCAUAUCCAUAUUUUUUAUCGUCUUGACGUUUCCCCUGUCACUGUUGAUGUGCAUCAAGAUCGUGCAGGAAUAUGAGAGAGCCGUCAUAUUCAGACUCGGUCGCCUUGUCAAAGGAGGAGCACGGGGACCAGGUCUUUUCUUCAUCAUUCCCUGCAUUGACAACUAUACCAAAGUCGACUUGAGAACGGUAUCCUUCGACGUUCCACCCCAAGAGAUCCUGACCAAGGACUCGGUGACCGUCGCGGUGGACGCUGUGGUGUACUACCGCAUUCAGAAUGCCACGGUGGCCGUGACCAACGUGGAGGACUACGGGCGCUCGACGCGCCUGUUGGCGGCCACUACUCUGCGCAACGUGCUCGGUACGAAGAGCCUCUCCGAGAUCCUGUCCGAGCGCGAGGCCAUCAGCCACACCAUGCAGGCGAACCUGGACGAAGCCACCGAUGCCUGGGGAGUGAAAGUCGAGCGAGUCGAAAUAAAAGACGUCCGGCUUCCGGUACAGAUGCAGAGGGCCAUGGCAGCGGAAGCUGAAGCAUCCAGAGAGGCUCGCGCCAAGGUGAUCGCGGCCGAGGGCGAGCAGCGCGCGGCGCGCUCUCUCAAGGAGGCGGCCGACAUCAUCUCGGAGUCUGGACCGGCGCUGCAGCUGCGUUAUCUGCAGACGCUCACCUCUAUCGCGGCCGAGAAGAACUCCACCAUCGUCUUCCCGCUGCCCAUGGAACUCAUGAGGGGACUACUCUACCGAGCACCUAGUCAAGAUCUCUGAGAAGAAAGCCUGGCAGUGAGUGAAGCUGCAUCUCGGGACAUCGAAGGGACGUCGGUGGAGGAGAAGCCACAAGCACCAUGGUACCAAAGAAGAUUACCUUUGUUACACAACACAGACCCAUAAGACGUUGUUGCGCGUAUUCAAUUGUGUUUGCUUUUCUCAUUUCCCAUUUGACCCAUUUUCACUCCAACUCGAGCGCAUGGACUUGAGCCACCAGCUGGUAUUUUUGAGUCAGUGGGGGCUGAAUGACCAGAUUACGAGCGGCGGAGAGCUGGGAGGCCCCCGCCCCUGUUGUAGAAAGUGCUGACAUAUUUGUUGCCGCAGCGCGUGAACAUAGCUUGAAGAUGAAACAUAGUAAUAAACAACUAUCACUGCUGAAAUGCGAAAAAAAGCGUCUAACAACAUGUCUUGAAAAUGUUGGUUGAAUCGUGAUGCCCAAACUAGUUCAGGUUCGAACUGUUGACGUAUGUUUAUUUACAUAUUGUAGCGAAAUGUUGAGCGGCCGUAGAUUGUUUCCUUCAUUUUUUUUUCUUACAAAGUGCGUUGAUGUACGCAUUUCAUAGUUCUUUUUAUUUUUUUUUUCAGAGAGAUAUUUUUUUCAUAUACAGUUCUGGCUGUAUACCAAUGGCAGAAGCCUAUUUCUGUUUUGAAGUGCCUAUGCACAAUUGCGAUCUUCGCUCGAAAAUCGCCACAGUCGCACGUAUGCGUGCUAAACUCAAAUGAGUGUUCCACCUUUCUUGAAUUAUACGUGUCGUGAAAAUAUAUCCCUGUGGUCUUUUCCACAGCCGUCUAGCUGUUUUCGGGAACAGAAGGUGUUACGUGCAGUGACAGUUAUGUAAAACGACAUUAAAUUUGGCCACACGGUCAAAUUGCGGUCCUGCGGGUAAGAUAAGGCUAUCAGAGUCCCCAUUGUGCGCAACCAAUUUUCGAAAGCCUCUGGACUACACGGCUGUGCUCGCAAUUUGCCGUGUAGCAAGCUUCGCAUGCUCCAACAACGCACAACAUGCACUACCGCGCGCGACGCGAUAUCAAGCGCACAAGACUGACUCCCUACGCGCUAGCGCGCCCGGAAAAAACAGUUUUCGCGCUUGACUGGCAGUCAAGGGUCGGAGAAACGGCAGGAAACAAUUGCUUCGGGGAGACGUGUAGCUGCUGCCAUUGUUUUGAGGCGCGCUUGUCAGGUAUGCGGAGAGCACGUGACCCCAACCGAAGAUAUAUGCGAUGACGAGGCAAUUGUGAGCGAGUGAGCUGACUACCGGUGACUGCACCACACCGCUCCGGCUUUUGACAAAACAAGCUUUGUCUGCGCACCGCAAGUAGUACAUUUCACGCAGCACAUCGCGUAACGUAAUUCACGCAUGGCGACGGGCUCCGGCGCCAUUCUAGCAUACAACCUGGCGGGGGGCAUUGGGAAAUACCCGAGCUAUAGAUAGCAACAUUGAGCAAAAUAAAAAAAGGGCAAGCGACAUUUUCUACGCAUUUUUAACCCAAUCAGGGGCUUGGGAGCCAUUUUCGCGCGGUCAAUUUAGCGAUAGGGCUUAACACACUUUACCAUGAAACGGAAGUUGUUCGCGGGACCAAUUAUUCGCCGACCAGAGGGAUUUCGUGACAAUCGCGAAAAUUAGAUUAUUGCGAAAAUGAGCCUGUGACACAGCACAUAUAAAAGAAAAGACGCCAUGCUCACGUGCAGAAUGCGAUAUUGACCGUCAAAAGUAAAUCGAAAUUGUAAGGUCGUUUUUCUUGUGCUUUAUUCCCGUCAUACAGAGACUUGCGUCAGAAGCGAGUCGAAUAAAUUCGUUAUUCGAUUUAACAAGGAAGCCCUCAAAGCAGUGUCAGUCGAGGGCCCUCUUUUCGAUUUACAAUGGAGAGCGUAUACUCUUGUUCAAAAUGUUCUGGAGCGUGAAAGCGGCGAAAAAAAUCUAUCAAGUUAUACAAAUAUAGCUUAGAACCAGAGUGUGUCGCUGAAAGUUUUGGACCACUCGAGCCCAGGCUGCACUUUUCGAUUCCAAACUGCCCGGCAAAGGCGGCGAGAAAAUUUAACUCUUUCGUCGAUGUCUUGCUCCUCAAUAUUUUGGUGAUGGGUGCACUACAUACAACAGCGCGUUUAUUUACCUGACGUGAGUGCUUCGUCACCGUGGGUUGGAAUGUCGCAAUUCUGAAGCAAAGCGUUCGAUGUUUUCAUCAAAUUCACGCUCAGAACGCGUGAAUUUGGGGGAAAACAUCGCGUGAAUCUUGCACGACGCAGCAUCGCCACUGUCAUCAGGGAGGAGACGUCCAUAUGCGUCCAUGCGUCCAUGUGCCGGGAACAAAUCGACGUGGCGCUUCUGGGAAAGAAAUUAUGCUUACUACGCAUUGAUGUCACUUGAUACAGUAUUUGUGCACGGUUUCCUUGAACUUAGGAUUGCCCCUAGCUAUUUUCACAUUCCCCAUUUACUGAGCAGUCAAAAUAACUAGGAUAUGAAAGGUGAAAGAGCUAUUGUUGAAGAAAAAAAAAAGAAAAACACGAAGAAAAAAAAUGCUUCUGCGCGCAUAGAACAUCCCAUAACUGGUGACGCGAGCCCUUCUGGAGCGCGAAUCUGAUUGGUUAACUGGUCAUCAGGACAAGAACUGAAACGGCACAUGCAAGCGUAUAGAGUAUCGAUUCUUAUGAGUAGAUAGCUCUCCCAUUAGGAUAAGACUCUGAUAACACUUUGAACUUAACCAAGCUCAAGUUAUUGCUUGAAGUACCAUUUGCUGACACGGCGCAGUUAUGCUAAAGAUGUGUCUGAACAGUUGCGGUCUGCGAGCAGCUUUAUUGAAAGCUUAUUGUUUAGUUAUAACGACUGGAAUAUGGUAAUGGGGUGAAGUUGCAUUGACACCUACGGUGCAUGUGAAGUUCUUGUACUGCCUGACUGGAGAAUGCACGGUGCAUAUAUCCUUACGCACAAAGUGUUGGUUACAAGAAGCAUUUAAGCUCUGCCUGCGCGCUACUGUGACUGCGAAAGUUUCGAAGGCACAAGAACGAGUUUUCUGCAAAUCAUGGCAAUAGCUAACCAUACUUUCACUGUUAGCCACUGCUUUCGUGGUUAUCACGCGAACGACAUUAAUGGGCACAAUUUUUCCCCAUAUCUGUAAUUACUAAUGCUUCCUUCAAGAACAUAUCUCUCUGACAUUCAAUUCGCUUGAAAUCACUGAAAAGUACAAAGAUUACUUAUCUCUACCGGAGGCACAAAAUGACACAAUAAAACCAACUUAUUGGUCUUAAUUGCAAAUAUUGGCCUUAAUCGCGCCUUAAUUGCUAAAAAUAAUAUGUGCCAAGCUAAAUACAACACUUUAAUUUGUUGACCACAACUUUGCGAUUCAAUACACAGCAUUAACCUCAGUAUCAGUCUUAGCACGUUGCCAUGGUCCUUAAUUUUUAUCAAUCAGACAGAGCUUAACAAUAAUUAAAUCACUUGACGCCCCGUGUGCGUACGCCUAUAGGCCGCUCCCAAGUGUUCCAAAUGCACCAUGCACUAGGAUACCUGGGGUUUACGUAUGGUAAUGAGUGAAAAUUACUCAGAGUAAGUUUUUAGUAUUCUCGCCUGCGUUUGAAAUGAACGCAAUAUCCUUGCUAACGUUUCUUUGCUUUUGAUCUUGAUAGUGAACAAAAAGAUAAGUUUACAGAUUGGAAUUACUUUUUUUAAGCAGCAACAGCCAUCGAGCAUCGUUGUUGUGUUAUCGGUGAAUUGAAGAAUUAAAGCAGAAAAUUUCAUGGUGUUAAAGUUUUGAACUCGCACGUUUCAACCUAGAACUAAAACCACUCAACCGAAAAAUCUAAAUAUUUGCUAUAUUAAGACUUUCGAAUCGAGAGGCUACGCUAUGCAUUUUGCAACGAUACACGUUUUCACUGUCUCAUGAAGUCAAAACAUGAUCUCGCCAUUGUAUUUGCCGCUCGACUUUUCUUUUUUUAUUAGCGAAAUCGCAUUUCAAAUUAUUUCAUUAACACUAGGUUUGCUGUCGGUUCCCCUUAAUAAUGACACUUUCUCCCUUUUUUAUCACUACCAGCGUGCGGGCUAUAGCACCACGUCAAUGCAAAAUAAAGGAAGAAAGAAAAACGGAAAGAAAGAAACGCAUCUUUCACCUGAAUUUCACCCGACUGCUCUCCGACGUUAAAUGCUUAAAGACCACAGUGGCCUUCUAUCUAUAUUGUAAGAAAAAUACAGCACUCACUGGACGGCGUCUUCUGUGAUCCAGUGCUCAAAUGUAGAUUGAACUGCUUAGUUUAAAUGCAGUUAUUUGCUGUACAACGGACACUUGAUGGCUUCCACUAUACGGAAUGUAUACAAGAACCGGUACAUGUUCGCAUCUAGAUGCACCUGGCUAACUAGAGAAAGUGUGUGUGUGUGUGUGUGUGUGUGUGUGUGUGUGUGUGUGUGUGUGUGUGUGUGUGUGUGUGUGUGUGUGUGUGUGUGUGUGUGUGUGUGUGUGUGUGUGUGUGUGUGUGUGUGAAAGAGAGAGAUAGAGAGAGAGAAGUAGGCUAAGCUAAUCGAAAUAAAUAGCUUGGUAGGAAAUUUAGUCACAGUAAGUAGCCUCCAAACUUCUAAUGAUGUGCCGUUCAAAAAAAGGUAGAUUGUUGCGGGCAAGAAGGCAUCAAACUUUCUAUGGCCGUCUAAAUGGCUGAUAUUAUUUAGUACCUGUGCGAUGCAAGGUUUUCUGUCACAAGUGAGUCAACAUAUUGAGUGAGUCAACAGUUUCCGAUGCAUAAAAAGCUUUUCGAAUCUGCGCCAACCAUCAAUCUGUCUUUAGAACAGCAUAUAUAUACCCGCCGUGGUUGCUCAGUGGCUAUGGUGUUGGGAUGCUGAGCACGAGGUCGCGGGAUCGAAUCCCGGCCACGGCGGCCGCAUUUCGAUGGGGGUGAAAUGCGAAAACACCCGUGUGCUUAGAUUUAGGUGCACGUUAAAGAACCCCAGGUGGUCUGAAUUUCCGGAGUCCCCCAUUACGGCGUGCCUCAUAAUCAGAUCGUGGUUUUGGCACGUAAAAUCCCAUAAUUGAAUUUUAAGAACAGCAUAUAUACCAAACGAGCAAGCGUUCCGUUCGCCUUAACGUUGAUUUUCUGGUGCCUCGCUUUAUCAAGUCCGCUUUCAACCGGAAAAGUUUAUUGUCUCGUUGCUUAGUCGGUUGAGUACAAUAUUUCACAAACCUUGUCCUAAAUGUUGUUUAUACGAUAUGGCAGUUUCUUUUUUAUACAGACACACGUACGUUCUUUGCAUUUUUGUGGUCAUCCUUUUCACUUAAAAAAGCGUCGGCAGUUUGUUCAUCUUCAAGGAGGGAUCAGCGCUGGAUACCCGGAAACAGGUUAAGGCGCAUAGUAAACGACACACUAAACGCCGACUAACUUAUUUAUCGACGCAAUGGACGAACAUUUAAAUGCGUCUGAGCGCAUCGUCAAAGUCAUAAAUGACGUGGAAAACAUAAACGAAGGAACAGUAUGGGAUGGUCAUCUUUACACAAUGGCACAUGCGCAUGGUGAAUACGCUCGCACCAUUGCGACUUCAUCUGUGUCCGUGUAUCAAGCGCUGCUCCCGUUUUGAAGGUUUUCACUUAAUUGCCACUGUUAUGAUGUUCUGAUCAAUGUGAAAUAAAAAUGAAGGGUUGGACUGACUGCGAUUGUGGUGGUGGUGUGGCAGCAGGCGGAGUUAGCCUGGUUUGCUAAGUAGGCAAUUGUUCCGGUGACAGUAUGUUAGGAAUGGGUCCGGUCGUAGAUGACCACAUCCCAUCAUGAGUACCAUUACACUUUACUGCAUGCGUUCAAAGGCUACAGUGACGCUUGUCCUUUAUGUGGCAUCAAUAUUGACAAGUGUCUCAGCAAUUUCACUCAUCUGUACAAACAUCAAUUUUGUUUGAUUUGUGGUCACGUUGCUUGAAAGGUGGAGCGUUCAUUACGUGUAUAUGUUCACCGAGCAGAGAUUAAAUUUUUAUGCGCCUGGGAGACCAAUAUUAACUAACAUUAGUGCCUCGAAAUAAAUGAGGAAAAUCGAAGAAAAAGAAAGAAAGAAAGAAAAGGGGCCCCACAGGGACCACAAGUUUUCAAGCAUUCAGCAUUAUGAUCCUUUUAUAGAACUGUCAGAUUUAUUUUUAAAAUUCUAGCGCUCUUACUGUGCUACAGUACUUAGGCUGCGAAGCGAGCUAGAGCAGGAUAAUCCACGCAAAACAGUGUAUGUGCGAAACAAUGCGCACAACAGAGUGUUUUGCCAUUUCAUGCCAAGUAAAAUACAAAGUAUAACUACACAAAGGCCCAAGUGAAUGGUUUUCCAAAUCUCUAAUCACUCGCUUGCACUGCUUUAUCUUCGAUUUGUACUUCCAAAAAAAUAAAGAAAAAAUGAUUUUUAGAGACGCCCUGUUUUCUUUUUUUUCUUCUUUUUUUUUCACCCUGAGCUUUGAGGAGGCUUGCAUGCGGGGGCGGGAAAGCAUUCGCUGGCCAUGCGGCAUCCACUUGGCCCCCAAAAGCAUCUCGCGAUGCAUCUGCCGGACGCCUUUUUAAGCUGUGCAAGAAUAUUUUCCCACCGCCAUGCAUCUUAUAGGAAGUCACAGAUCGUUGCCAUGCGAGUAUAGCGUCCGCUCCUUAUUAGCGGAAUCUGUGUACCACUCCUCUUCCUCUCAUUCUGUGGAUUCAUGUGCAAGUGGAGUGAAAGCGCAGCAGCUUGGUGGUACAGCUUAAGUGUCGACAGUAUCGUCAGAGCCAAGCAUAUUGUUCCGGGAAUGUAAACCAACGGGUUAGUGAAGGUUACUGCCAAGUCCGUGUGUUCUACUUUCGAAGCUUGUUUAGCCUUCCCUUCCGUAUUGCGACCACUGCGUUACAGGCGCCGAAUCACACAUUAUGUACUCUUAAUAUAUUUUCUCAAUUGUUCUUAAAUAAAAAUAUAAUGUUCAUUCUGUUUUUUAAUUAAGAUGACCAUCCGGGACAAAAGUAAACAUAACGCUGUGCGGAAUUCCGGCUCCUCUAAAGUGGAAACCCAGUAGCAUUAUUGUGCUUGUGUUUGUGUGACGGCAUCGCCCACGCGCGGUCAUUCAUUAUUACUCCUUAUUGAAUACAGUGCAUGCGCAAUUGCGUUUUACAAUAGCGGAGAGCGCUCCGUUUAAUACUUCUCCGGGGAAGAGCGCUACGUGGAAACUAGCACCGAAACUUCACUACGCGCAUGUAAAUUGCGAAGUAGCACGUCCGUAUACCGAAUUGUCCUGUGAUUAAGGGGCCGGGUUUGGCAAGGACACUACCUCCAAAUACCGCAGGGGAAAUCCCACUGCAUUUAGAGGCCGGUACCACGGAGCGCAUGUGUAGGUGUUUUCGCGCUAAACAAUAACUUUUUUUUUCUUUUUUUUUUCUUUUUGUCGCAGUCAUCAUAGACAGUAAUAACACAAUAAGGCGAUGCAACCUUUUGCGCAAAGACAAGGGUAACAAGACGCUGGGUCUCAACACUGUUUGGCAGGAAAACGACUACUUAUUGCUCCGUCACAUGGACAAUUCUUGAUAUCAGUUUUUAUUAAGCUAAUUCAACUUCGAGAACGCUAACACGGCCAUGCACAACAACUUUGGCAUCUCUUCGCCUGUAUAGAAUAGAAUCACCUGUAUUCAUAAAAAUUUGAUCUCUGUUCAUCGUAAAUGUAUUUGUUUUUCCAGUGAACGCUUCCACUGCCCCACUACUCCAGGAUUUUGUACCGACUGACCAGUCGAAUAAAGAGACUUAUAAACGAAA